GUUUGUUUACAUUCCGAAGUUCAAAACAAAACGUGUGGAUUUUGAAGAACAGGCUUGAGAAGAGUCACAUUUCAAUUAAAGUAUAAAUCUACAGUAACUUACUGUUGCGUUCAACAUGGACAUGACUAGAGGAACUCCAAUGCCACCUGCGGAACCGGAUCCAGCUAUGGACGACCUUACGGAGGAGGCUAUUUUGAAUGAACAGAACAUGACAGAAGUUCCUGGCUCAGACGAAAACAUCCCCCAGCCGACUGCCUCUCCGGUGGAGCCUGAGUACCCGAGCAGACCCUCUGGUGAUGGUGAGGACAUCACUGACUCCACCCACCCUGCAGAUGGCAUCCAGCCAGCCAGUGUCCGAGGCAGCAUGGCCAGUCUCCGAAGCAACCAAGGUGGCCCUCGUUCCAGUGUGGGUGACAUUGCAGAUCCUGGUGUUUCUAGCAGCAUGGCUAGUCUGCGAGAGGAUCCCCAUGCUGCGGGUGACUCGCACAGCAUGCGUGGAGGCAAAGUCAGUCUGAGAGGUGAUCCCAGUGCCCCUGCCAGCAUCCGUGGCAGUACGAUCAGCAUAAGGGGCGAUCAGACUGCUGCUGAUAGUAUCAGGGACAGUACAACCUGUCUGCGUGGAGAUCCGCCCGAGUCUGCCAGCGUUCGCGGCAGUACAGUCAGUCUGCGUGGAGAUCCAACCGAGCCUGCCAGCGUUCGCGGCAGUACAGUCAGCCUGCGUGGUGACCCAGCCGCCCCUGGCAGUGUUCGCGGCAGCACGGCCAGUCUUAGGGGCGAUCCAUCCGCCCUUGCGAGUGUCCGUGGCAGCACAGUCAGCCUGAGGGGCAGCGGGGACAAGCCGGCAGCACCACUGAGCCGACCGCCCACCUCCCGUCCGCCUCCGUCGGCCGUGGGCGCGCGCACGGCGGACUCCGCGAUCAGAGCAAAUAAAAUGGCCUUGAAGAAUAAGAAGAAUUCGGAAGAUACCGAAAAUAACAAGCUCACGGAAGAAGCAGAGGAAGAAUUUCAAGGUGACAACAUCUGGGUGAUAGCCGAGAAGAUGAACCAGGCGCGCAUCCUGCGUGGGCUGGAGCUGACAGAGAGUCACAGCGUGGAGUCGACGCUGCUGUUUGUCGGCGGAAAACAGGCGGGUAAGUCGCGACUGAUUCACAAGUUUCUGGACCGAGAUGAAGAACCAAAGAAGACGCUGGGCUUGGAAUACUCGUACGGUCGCAAAACGGGAAAGAGCGUGCUGAAGGACGUGUGUCACAUCUGGGAGCUGGGCGGCGGCACCACCUACACGCCGCUGCUGGAGACGCCGCUGAAGGCCGAGAGGCUGCCCAACCUCAGCAUCCUGCUGGUGGUCGACCUCACCAAGCCGCAGACCAUGUGGGCCACCCUGGAGACCAUGAUCAAGACACUGCGUGAUGUGCUGGAUUCCGAGAUAUCCAGCGGCAUCGGUCGGCAGAUGCAGCUCCAGGAACGACUGAAAAAGGCCACAGAGCAACGCGUGCCGUCCGACCAUCCGGACGCGGCGCACGUGAAGCCGUUUCCGGUGCCGCUGGUGCUGGUCGGAGGACACUACGACGUCUUCCAGGACUGGGACCCCGAGAAGAAGAAGCUCAUCUGUCGCUCGCUGCGCUACCUGGCGCACGUCAACGGCGCCUCGCUCUACUUCUUUUCGUCUCAGGACUCUGCGCUGGUGAAGAAGGCAAAGGACAUGAUGAACCAGAUGGCGUUCGGCGGUCCGGCCAGUGGGUACCUGGCACAGGACUAUAACAAGCCUCUGCUGGUGCCCGCCGGUACCGACUCACUGGCCGGAAUUCUCGGAGUCGGAGCCGAUCCCAGCUACAACACGGCCAAAAAUACGUUCACGGCUCAAUACCCGCAGGACAGUCAGGGCGCGGGGGCCCUGCCGGACGAUCCAGCCAAGGACAUGAGCUACCGAGAGCCGGAGAUUGAUCAGCUGCGAUCACAGAAGGAUCAGGAACUGGAGCGACUCCGAAGGGAGCUAGAGCGCCGCCGACGCUGGGGAGACGAGCUGUGAGCUAUGAGCUCUGAGCUACGAGCGCUGAGGUGCGAGCUCUGAGCUACGAGCUGCAGCUACGGCAGUUCGACUAGCCUCCGGGAAUUUGGAAGCCGGAUCAGCAAGUUGAGGUCUCAUUAACCGAUUCGCGGUGGCGUCGGUAACGCUUGGCCAACUGUUGACGGCGCCAGCGGCUAGUCAUUCUAUGCUGAACUCGUCUCAGUCUCUCCCAGAACACGCUCUUUUGCGAAUAGCUGCGGUCGAUAUCUUAGCACGAAAACACAUCGACUGGAGGCUGUUUUUUUGUCCACUUAAACGCACAUCUCGCACACACUGUGAUAUUGUCCAAGGCACUGUGAUAUUGUUACUUGUCAGCCGUCCAUGAUCUCAGCUAGAAAGGUAUAUACAGGAUUUGUACCCAGACGCCGCUUGCUAUCAGUAAUGCACAUAGCUAGUCGCUUGUCUUCAUUAUGGAUUGCGUGCUAAGAGCCCUUGAAUCCUCGCGUGCUCGUCAUCUAUUCAUGACGAUCCGUCCAUGAUUCUUUGAUCUCUCGUGCAUCAUUUAUUGCGUUAUUACGUAUUGAGAUCGCUGUGUUAUCAGAGAAGUAGUUAUAACGUUUUUGUGAUGCUAGGUCAUAUAUGAUACUUUUUCUCGUUAAGUGAUUUCAGUCACACGAUGGCUGCCGCGUACUCCAAACUGCCACAAAUGCUUACAGCCUCGCUUGUGACCCUUGUAUCGCACUCUUUAAAUUGAAACACGCAUGAAGAAUCUGGCUCCUGAGCUAGAGCGCCAAUUAAGCUCUCAAAGCUCGGCCAAAACACGCCCGCUCUCCCAACAUCCGUGAGGCGUGAGUCGCCUAAAACACACUGUUUGUUUGUGAGCUGCCUCCGUCCCCACACUCUGCUGUUGUCCCUGUGUGUGUGAGUGAGCUCUCUGACUCCUUGCGACAGAGCGGCCCUGUUCAGUCCCGCAGAGGCCUGCCAAUGCGGAUGCCGAGUCCGGGAGACGAGCGCAUCGCGCGGCACGCUUUAAGAAACCGCGCAGGGGGAGUUGGUGAAUGACAUCUUUCUUCUCUCUCAAGUCUAGGCUGGCGAACCUACUUCGGUGUUUUAUGAAUCUGUGCUUUACCAGUCAAUGCAAUUUUAUCGACACAGUGCGCCAUUAUGAUUAAUUAUUUUGAUUUUUUAGGCAUAAAAAAUCAUUAAAAUAGCUGGGAGUACUUCUGUCAACUAUUAAUGUCAAUUCUGUCUCCAUGCAUAUCGGACCAUAUUCUGUUGAUCCUGUGUCGUGGUCCACUCUGAUGUUCGUUCGACCGACCGCCGCGUUCGUCACCUGCACGCUCUCUGAUUAAUCACCACCACUGCCGGCCCCUCACGGCGCCAAAUUGCCGCUCCGGUCCUGUCGUAUAUGACGGGCGGCUCCGUCCAGCUAACGGCGUGUCCCACAUUACCUGCCGGGACUUGGCGGCCGAAAAUGACACGGUCUAGUGUGACGUGAGUUAUAGACCGAUUUGUUUUACUCGGGUGAUGUGGUGUUAUUGCGGUUGUGUGUGCUCUACUGUGUUAUAUGUUUGCAUCACGUGCUAUUUUGUGAUAUGGCUCGGUGUUAUUUGUGUUGCGUUUUUAUCGAUCUUUAUAGCGCACUUCCAUUGUGUUGUAAUAUUCGUCAUUGGCCAAUAUCGUUACAUUCGUAAUGCAUUUUGUAUAACUUUAUGCGUCCGAUACGUGAUGCUUGAAACUUUGUUUCAUUCGCAGUCUUGCCAUCACCACGACCUCAACUCAACUGUUUUAUUUAUUUUAUUGUUUUACAAAUGUCGGUCUAUUCAGUCAUUUUUUUGUGAAUGUUGAUCUGUAAUUUUACGUGACAGGCGUCAACAGCCACAAACAUUACGGUUGUGUUGUUGAAUGCGUUUGGUAUCUCGAUAUUUGUGAUGCCUCGCUUAUUUUCUUCAUUCAAUUCGCUUGUUUUGUGCCUCGACUGCAAUACACUAAGCGGAACCCCUC